ACACACGUUGACUAGCGAUCGUAUUUAGCAAACAAAUUGACCAAGGGGUCUCUUUUAACACAACAGCACUUACCCUGCAGCAGUCAGUCGAGAUCGGAGCACGAAGCGAGCGGGAACACACGUGGAUUCAACCGUUGCCGGAACAGACGGUUAAGGGAAAAUACUUUCAUAAUGUGGAUCGCAGUGCUGGGAAUAUGGGUGGUCGUGUUUGGUGUUUUCCAGUUUAUGAAAUUAGUGCAGAAGAAUGGAUUUGCUAAACAUUUGCCGUUGCUGAAUCCAGCCUAUCCCUUGCUUGGAAAUGGGCUUAUGUUUUUAGGAAAACCGGACCAUGAAAAAUUCCUGAACCUUCGGAAGUUGACUAGCAUUGAUUACCCGUUGACAAGGUUCUACCUGGGUCCGCGGGUCAUGGUUGGCACGACGGAACCGGAAAUUGCCCAACAAAUUCUCACCGAUCCCGCCUGGAUGGACAAGCCGUUCAUCUACGAGUUUUUCGAGCUUCCAUAUGGACUGCUAACGUCAAAAUAUGACAUUUGGAAGAGCCAUCGGAAGGCGCUGAGUCCGGCGUUCAACAUGAAGAUUCUGCAAAGUUUCAUCCCCAUCUUCCAACAAUUUUCACAAAAGCUGGUGGAUGGACUAGCGGCUCAUCCGGAGGGAACAACGAUUGAUAUCGAUGCUGAUGUGACCACGUGCUCCCUGGAGAUUGUGCUGCUGACCACGUUCGGGUUCGAUUCUUCGGUGAUUCACGAGUGCAAGGAGAUUGGCUCCAGUAUUGAACGAUUUUUUCAUCUCAUCUCGAGGCGUGUGAUAAACGUACAUCACUACAAUGAUUUUAUCUACCGCUGGACAAAGGAUUACAAGCAAAGAGAGUCGCUGCGAGCUUACCUGGACAAUUGGGCUAAAUUCUUGCUCAACGGGGUGGCCCAUCGUUACGCCGCACGGUCAACGGAACCAAAAGAGGACGAGGAUGUCAGAAAGCCGAAGAUUUUCGUCGACGAGUUGUACACCAACAAAAUGAUCAAGUUUACAGACAAGGAGCUUAUGGAUCACUCCUUUACGAUGGUCGGCGCCGGAACGGACACGUCCUCUAAUUCGGUGGCCUUUACGCUGCUUUCGCUGGGGAUGUACCCGGAAGUGCAGCAAAAGGUUUACGAGGAGGUGAUGCGGGUCUAUCCGACGGACGAGUCGGAGUUUACGCCGGAAUCGCUGAAGCAGCUCGAGUACAUGGAGAUGGUUAUCAAGGAAACGCUGCGGCUGUUCCCCGUUGGACCGUUGAUUCUGCGCCAAAGUGUGACCGAUUCUACGAUUGCUGGACUGUUUAUACCGAAGGGAAACAUAUUUGGGAUCGAUAUCUUCAACAUGCAUCGCCGGAAGGACAUUUACGGCGAGGACGCGGAUAAGUUCAAUCCGGAACGAUUUUCGCCUGAACGAAGCAAGGACCGGAACCCUUUCUCGUUUUUGGCUUUUUCUGGCGGUGCGAGGGGAUGCAUUGGAAUUCGGUAUGCGAUGAUGAGUAUGAAAAUAAUGGUGGCCUACAUGGUAAAAAACUUUGUCAUCAAAUCAAAACUGAAAAACGAGGAUUUGCGAUUCAAGUUCGACAUUAUACUGCGGGUGCAGAAUGGCUACAUGGUACAGCUUGAAAAGCGGAACAAAGCUCUCUGAAAAGUAAUUCUAGUUAAGUAUAUAGGAAUAGUAAAUCGCUAUGUGAUACACUAAGGUUGUUAUAAUAUCGUCUCAUUUUUUAACCGGCUUGUAUUUUGAAUACCCACGAAAUAAACUUGUCCCUACCACCAUCACUUUUGCGCCU